AUGCCGCGCCCCGCCGGCCCGACCAGCGCGGCGCUUGACCCGCACCAGUUCGCCACUCUCGGGGGCGAGGCUGAGCUCCGCGACGCGGUCUCCGGCUGGCUGUGCAAACUGCGUGAGUUUUUCGGACCGAAGCAGGGCGAUGGCCGCGCGCGGCUCACGGCCCUCUUUGCCUCGUGCUGCCAUUCGGAGGUCGACCUCCACAACGCCGCCAUGGCGAUGGGGGUGCAGAACAGGGGCCAGGGCAAGGUCGUCACGCAUGCCACGCGCCCUCUUUUCGAGGCGCACAUUGAGGAGCUGCUGCUCUUCUUCGGCCCGGUCACGGAGAUCAGGGGCCCCGAGCCGAAGGCCGCGGCGCCGGGGCUGCUCUCGGCCCCAGUGCAGCGCUUCAGUGCACGCGAGCUGCUGCGCCAGCCCCGGUCGGCGUCGGGUGAUGGCAGCUAA